AUCACUCAUUGUUUGAUCGUACAAGAAAAACAAUAUGUUCUCCAAAAUCGUAGCUCUCUGUGGUUUGGUGGCGGCGUGCCAGGCAGGUCUGCUGCCCGCCCCCGUGCACUACUCCUCCGCCGCCGCUGUCUCCUCGCAGAACAUCGUGCGUCACGACCAGCCUGCCCAGCACGUGGCCGUCGCCGCCCCCGUCGCCUACCAUGCUGCUCCCGCCGUCGCCUACCACGCCGCCCCUGCCCAUUACUCCUCUGCCGCCGCUGUGUCCUCCCAGAACAUCGUGCGUCACGACCAGCCCGCCGUACACGCCGCCCCCGUAGCCUACCACGCCGCCCCCGCCCACGUCGCCUACCACGCAGCCCCCGCUGUCGCUUACCACGCCGCCCCUACCGUCUCCUACCACGCCGCUCCCGUCGUUGCCCAUGAAGAGUUCAACGCUCACCCCAAAUACGAGUACAACUACUCUGUUGCUGACGGUCACACCGGUGACAACAAGUCCCAGCAGGAGGUCCGCGACGGAGAUGUUGUGAAGGGCUCUUACUCCUUCCACGAAGCUGACGGCUCCAUCAGGACCGUGGAGUACUCCGCUGACGACCACCACGGUUUCAACGCUGUGGUGCACAACACCGCCCCUACCGCCGCCCCUGUGCUCGUGAAGGCCGCUCCCGCCUACGUCGCGCCCGCCCACUACUACCACCACAAAAACAAUAUGUUCUCCAAAAUCGUAGCUCUCUGUGGUUUGGUGGCGGUGUGCCAGGCAGGUCUGCUGCCCGCCCCCGUGCACUACUCCUCCGCCGCCGCUGUCUCCUCGCAGAACAUCGUGCGUCACGACCAGCCUGCCCAGCACGUGGCCGUCGCCGCCCCCGUCGCCUACCAUGCUGCUCCUGUGUCCUCCCAGAACAUCGUGCGUCACGACCAGCCCGCCGUACACGCCGCCCCCGUAGCCUACCACGCCGCCCCCGCCCACGUCGCCUACCACGCAGCCCCCGCUGUCGCUUACCACGCCGCCCCUACCGUCUCCUACCACGCCGCUCCGGUCGUUGCUCAUGAAGAGUUUGACGCUCACCCCAAAUACGAGUACAACUACUCUGUUGCUGACGGUCACACCGGUGACAACAAGUCCCAGCAGGAGGUCCGCGAUGGAGAUGUUGUGAAGGGCUCUUACUCCUUCCACGAAGCUGACGGCUCCAUCAGGACCGUGGAGUACUCCGCUGACGACCACCACGGUUUCAACGCUGUGGUGCACAACACCGCCCCUACCGCCGCCCCUGUGCUCGUGAAGGCCGCUCCCGCCUACGUCGCGCCCGCCCACUACUACCACGAUUAAAAAAUCUCACUAGUCAUCUAUGACAGUCAUUAAGAACUGUGAUAAUAACUUACUAUGUAAUAGCAAUACACGAAU